AUGGAAGAUCUGCAGUUAACGCCGGCGUUGUUGAUAGCUCUUUUCGAGAGGCCCCAUGAUAGAUAUUUCCUUAUUCAGUUAGAGAACUCAAUGGUUUCGUUCAUCAACUCUCAUGCCCAAUCGUAUCAAUUGGAACCGAUGAAUUCUUACUAUAGAUUGCUUGCACAUCAGCUAGCUGAAUAUCACGGUCUAAAACACACUUUGGCACAAGGAAACGACACCUGCAUUGUGGUGUUCAAGGACGACACUUUUGGGGGCGGAAUGAACAAGCCUUUGUUACAGGAGUUGGAUCCACCAAGGCAAUACCAGUAUAAUGCGCCUUUCUAUCCCCCUAAUCAUCAGAAUCACAAGAAAUUUAAGAUAUUAAGAAGAGACAGUCAGUCUGAAGAACAACAUAUCCCCUCUAUCCAGAAUUCCAAUGCCGAGGAAAAUCAAAGAACGGGCAUUACACAACAGCAGUAUGAUCGUCAUAAGAGCGAAAUCUUUUCAGAACCAACAACACCCCAAAAGUCUACAAAAGCUGUCGAAGACGAUUCGCCGCAGCCUCACCAAUUCGAGACUUCAAGAUACAAGUUUAAACAGCAAUCUUACAAACCGAAAAAAAAGAAGUUUCACAAGAAGAGUAAUAGUUUUCAAGUACCUCAAUACUAUUAUCCCCCACCUGCCCCUUUCCAGAUGCCUUACAUGAUGUAUAAUCCUUACGCAAUGAUGUAUGUUCCUCCAGAACAUACUUUCGCACAGCUGCCACCGCAAAUGCACAAGAAUAAUCCUUACAUGUAUGCUCCAAUACAGAACGGAAGUCCAUUUUACUCGCCAGGUAGUCCAUAUUCCUCGAAGAAUAGCAGCAAUGUCUCACUAAAAAAGAAGGAUCGGCGAUCGAACUCACGAACACAACUGGGGAACAAGUCAAGCGACUCAUUGGCUACUGACAACACCCGUGAUUCGCUUAUGGAUCCUAGUGCUCCCAAUGCAAGUGCGGCAACUCCACCAUUAGAGGAUAUGAGUAAUCAGUUAGGAAAAUUAUCAAUAUGA